AUGGCUUAUAAUUAUCGGAAACGUAUUCGGCUCGAUGUAGUGGAGAAAGAAGACGAAGAUUUAGGCGGAGAGGCGUCUGCCGACGAGGACAAUGUAUCGAUACAUUCGAAUACAGACACGUCGAGCUCAGACUACAGCGAUGCCGAGGACACAGAAAACACGAGUUUGAACGAACGCAUAAUGACCCAAAGUGAAAGUUCUCGUGGACGACCUGUUUUAUUGCGGAGCAAAAACAACCAAAAAUGGAACACGAAAGAACGUACUCGAGUAUCUGAUCGAGUACAGGAAAAUCAAAACAUGCCAGGACCUAGAAACGGAGCUGAAAACUGUACUACACUCCAAGAAUUUUGGAACAUUCUUUUCGACGAAGAAAUGCGUAAUAUGAUUGUGGAUUGCACUAAUAAGCAAAUAGAGGAUGUCUGUUCCCACCUGAUGGCAAAUGGUGUCGUGAUGCAAACUUAUCACCAUACAACGGAUUCGACAGAAUUCAACGCUUUUAUUGGAUUACUUUAUUACAGCGGACUGUGGAAAUCCAUUCACGUGAACGCUGAUGAACUUUGGAGUCAUACAAAUGGAAACAAUCUGUACCGGUGUGUUAUGCCAAAAAACCGUUUUGUAUUUCUUGCAAAUUGUUUACGUUUUGAUAUUCGAGAAAAUCGGUCAGCAGAUGAUAGACUCGCACCUAUUAGAGAGCUGUGGGAGAAGUUUAUUGCUCACUGCGAGUAUUAUUACAAUCCAAGCGACAAACUAACUGUCGACGAACAGUUGCUAUCUUUUCGAGGACGCUGCAAAUUCCGAAUGUAUAUGAAGUCAAAGCCAGAUAAAUAUGGCCUGAAAAUCAUCACUCUAAAUGAUGCAAACACAUUUUAUCUGAUAAACGCGAUUCCAUACUUAGGCAAAUCAGGCCAUGCUGCUAAUGAAUCAUCAGAAUUUUUUUUCAAAAAAGUUACUACCCCCAUCCACGGUACGAACCGAUCAGUAACUUGCGACAAUUGGUUUACGUCAGUACCGCUGCUUAUAGAAAUGUCCAAGGAGCCUUAUCUAAUGCAGCUAACUGGAACAAUUCGUAAGAAUAAGCCGGACAUCCCGAAUGAAUUCAAGCUCGCGUCGAAAACUGUACCUCAUUCAAAGUUUUGCCACUCAGAAAAUGUAACGUGUGUCGAGGAAGGGGAUUCGGAGGUUACACGGGAGUUUACGACGGAGGAAACUCGAUCAACCACCGAUGAGGCGACUCCAUCCGCACCGGAGCGACUGCAGUCAUCGAGUUUCGACACGCCGGAAAAGGACGCAGCGAGGAGACUUGACUGA